CUUCGCUUCAUUCUUCAGAUAUAACAUAACCAGGUAGUCCUUUUAGCCUACAAGGUAGAAUCGCACGCUUUUAGAGAUUUUUGAUAUCGAGAAUCGAUAUUUGAAUUCAAUCGAUUUCCUAACGACGCUUGGUCACGGCACUAUUCGGCGCGAGACGCCAUUCUUUUUUCGUGCGAGGUAGAAGACGAACGCGCUGCGGUGGAAAUAAUAAUUUCUGCUAGCAAUUAUGCCGAAACGAAAAAGUGACGACGACCUAAUAAAACGUUAUAAAAAUAAAAUUAAAAAGCUUGAACAUAAAAAACAAGCAUCUGAACGACGUCGACGAGUUAUUAUUUAUUCCGAUUCUGACACGGAUUUGGGGACAGAUGACAACGGAGCGUCGCCUACGACGUCACCGCAAGUGGAAAUACUUCCUUCAACGAGCUCCGACCCGUUACCCAAGGAGAACGCUGACGCAAGCGUAAGCGAGCCCGCGCCCACAGAGGCUGCUGCUGAUUCUUUAGAACCGGACCCUGAGCUGGACCCCGAGCUUUUACUAGCACUCGGAGAUGAAACAGGGAGUACACCCAUUUUUGGCGAGAAGAUUCACCAUAGCCUGGCCCAACGAUGGGACCCUAUCUUAAAAAAGGGAUUGGCAAAGGAGGCUAAAGACAAGCUGAUGAAAGAGUAUUUGAUACCAGAAAACUGCUCUCUCCUACAGGCCCCCAAGCUUAAUAGCGAAGUAGCGGCCGCUAUUUCAGAGGCGGCGCGCCAAAGAGAUAAAAGAAAGGAGACCGACCAGCAACAGUUAGGGCUAGGUACAGCAGCCAUCAACAAAGCUUUGACUGUCAUGCUUACAAGCGACGACAAGAUCGAAGCUAUCAGAAUACUAAGUGAUGGAUGUCGUAUACUUACUGAUCUUCAUUACCAGCAAACGAAAUCGCGCAUUAGUGUCAUCAAUUACUCACUAGCGAAACCCUUCUUGAACGUUGUUCAAGAGAGCGAACGAGAUAACACACUUUACGGAAAUAAACUAGGCGACAAAAUAAAAGCCUCCAGAGCCAUAGAGAAACAAGGACUAUCAAUAAAGAAGUUUACUAAACCAGCAAGGAGUAAUUCGCUUCCGGAACCAUCAACAACCAAUACCCGUUAUCAGUACACGCCCGCUCAGCCCGCUGCGUAUCAGGGAAACUGGUCGGGCCCCCCGCGCUAUCAACAGUUCCAACAGAACAGGGGAGGACGUCGGGGGGGUCUGAGAACGAAUGCCCCUGCGAACCGUCGGGCACCUCAGCCAGCAUCGAACGCGUCGGGCCCGAACAAACCUCGGACACCUGCGACUCGCCAGUAGAUAAGGUAACUCAUGCUGGUAGAAUAUCCCAUUUCUACAAUUGUUGGCUUAAAAUAACAACCAACCCUAUUAUAUUAGAGUGGAUAGCUUUAGGUUUCCCAAUACCAUUCAAUUCUGUUGUGUACCAAACUCAUGUACCAACGUCUUCCUUGUCAAUGACUGAAAAAGCAGACAUGGUAGUUGCUAUUCAAAAAUUAUUAAAGUUAGGCGCAAUCAGACCUUGUAUGCCCUGUGAUGAUCAAUUUAUAUCCAAGACAUUUUUAGCACCGAAACCAAAUGGAGAAAAACGCUUUAUACUAAACUUGAACAAUCUUAAUAAAUUCAUACCUAGCUUACAUUUUAAAAUGGAGGAUCACCGAACGGCGGCUAGAUUGUUACCAGCUAAUGGUUUUAUGGCAACCAUCGAUUUGAAAGAAGCGUACUUUCUUAUUCCGAUACGCGAAUCAGAUCGAAAAUUCCUAAGAUUUCAGUUUGAAGAAAAUCCCGGCGAAGUUUUUACGUAUGAAUUCACCGCUAUGCCAUACGGUCUUUCAGUUGCCCCUAGAGCCUUCACAAAGAUAAUGAAAGAGGUAAUAACACACUUACGCUAUCUAGGCUUCAAAAAUGUUUUCUACUUGGAUGAUAUCCUCUGUAUAGGAGAUAGCUUUACUGAAUGCCUUCAAAAUGUUAACGCUACAGUAAAUCUCUUACAAUGUCUCGGCUUCGUAAUAAAUUAUACUAAAAGCUCUCUUGUACCUAGGCAAACCUGCCAGUUCCUCGGGUUCAUAUACGACUCGGUAAAUGAAACCAUCUCUUUACCACCUGAAAAACGUCAGAAAAUCACGGACUUGACCAGAAAAUUCUCUAUUGUACAAAAGUGUACAAUAAGAGAAUUCGCCCAACUUAUCGGGGUUUUAGUGUCAGCAUGUCCUGCAGUUAAAUAUGGUUGGCUGUACACUAAAAUUCUAGAACGACAAAAAUUCCUAGCCUUACAAAGAUGCUUAAGCUAUGAAGCUCGGUUCAAGCCCCCUUCAGUUAUUUUGGACGAUUUGAACUGGUGGACACAAAAUAUACAUAAAAGUAGCAAUUCCUUGAAAACAGCUAAUUUUGACUAUGAAAUUUAUACCGAUGCUUCAAGAACUGGCUGGGGAGCAGUGUGUAAUAACACGAGAGCCCAUGGAGCUUGGAAAAGUUGCGAACUUGACCAGCAUAUAAAUUUCUUAGAGUUAUUAGCGGUUUUCCUAGCUCUAAAGUAUUUUGCAAGUGAUCUUUCUAAUUGUUCAAUUCUACUGCGAGUUGAUAACACAACUGCUAUCAGUUACGUUAACCGCAUGGGCGGAAUCCAAUUCCCACAUUUGAACGAUCUGUCCAGGCAAAUAUGGCAAUGGUCUGAAGUAAGAAACAUCUGGUUAUUCGCCUCGUAUAUUAAUACAAAAGAUAAUUAUGAGGCGGAUAAAGAGUCUCGAAAGUUCAACCCAAACACUGAAUGUGAACUGUCUAACACAGCAUUCAAACGAAUAACAAAGGCCUUUGGACAACCCGAAAUCGACCUAUUCGCUUCCCGGGCUAACGCUAAAUGUCAAAAUUAUGUAUCGUGGAAAAGAGAUCCCGAAGCUCUCACCAUAGAUGCCUUCACUAUAAACUGGAGAGGAAAUUUCUUUUACGCAUUCCCUCCUUUCCCACUUAUUCUAAAAUGUCUUCAAAAAAUCAAAGCAGAUAAUGCUACAGGCAUCCUGGUGUUCCCUUCUUGGCCAUCCCAGGCCUGGUACCCACAGUUAAUAAGAAUGAUUAUUUCAGACAUCAUUUGGUUAUACCCCAAUGACCAUUGUGUACAAUCUUGUUACAGGAAUCCACUUACCCUGGGUGCCGCAAUAGUCUCAGGCAAGCAUUCUCGCGCCGCGGCGUUCCCGAAACAGCUUUGGACCUCAUGUUAGCAUCUUUAUCUAACAACACGAUACAACAGUACAACGUAUCAUUCAAGAUGUGGUGGGAGUUUUGUCAUAAUAAUGAAUCCGAUUUCUUUAGUUGCUCCAUCCCUAGGGUUUUAUGUUUCCUAACUGAACAGUACAAAAAAGGAGCCGCUUACGGAUCUCUCAAUAGUCACAGAUCUGCGUUAUCCUUGUUGUUAGGGAAUAACGUCGGGUCCGAUGACUGUGUUAAACGGCUUUUAAAGGGAGUUUUUAGGCUAAAACCCAGCUUUCCAAAAUACAGCAGUACAUGGGACCCACAAAUUGUUUUGAACCAUUUGUCUAAUUGGUAUCCAAAUAGAGAACUCAGUAGGGAAAAACUUACAAAAAAGUUGGUUAUGCUAUUAGCCUUAUGUACUGCCCAACGUGUUCAAACUCUUUCCUUAAUUAAGCUCGAAAAUAUAUCAAUUAACUCAAACGGAGUGAACAUAGCAAUCAGAGACAUUUUAAAAACAUCCGCGGCGGGUCGGCAACAGCCGACACUAUUCCUGCCUUAUUUUCUAGAAAAUGCUCGCAUAUGUCCCGCAAAAACUCUCGAGGACUAUCUUCAGAUCACUCAUGCAGAUCGGCCUGCCAAUAUACCCAAUCUCUUAAUAACUGUGAAGCGCCCCUACAGGAGUGCGACAGCACAGUCAAUAAGCAGAUGGAUUAAGCAGACAUUGUCUGAGAGUGGCGUAGACGUGGCGGCGUUUAGCGCGCACAGCACGCGCCACGCCUCCACGUCUGCCGCCGCAGCCGCGGGAGUAUCCAUUGACACUAUAAGAAAGGCCGCAGGAUGGACCAAUACGUCUAAGGUAUUUGCUAAAUUCUAUCAUCGACAGUUAAUUGACACAAAUAACUUUGCUCAAUCAAUCUUGCAUCACGAUGAUUCCGCCUAACUUUGAUUAUGAUUAAUUAUCGUUAUUACAUGACAAGUAUUAAAAUGUA